AUGGCUGGAGUGAUUCAGAAAUUCUUCAUUGCCUCUGUCUUCAUGUGGGCUGCUCCUGUUGCUAUUUUAUAUGGUUUCAACCAUAGCUUGUUUCCUGGUAUCUCUGAAUUAUCACCUUAUUCUUUGACGCUGCUGAGCGGGUUCCUUGCAGUAAUAUCAGUUAACAUAGUUAUAGUGUUCUACAUCUACAUGGCAAUGAAAGAACCUGUGUAUAAACACGAACCAGAUCCAAAGUUUCUCGCAGAAGCCAAAUCGAGCAUUCAGAAGACUGAAACGCCAGAAACUGAUGAUGCAUCUAUUUCCCGGACCAAAGAAGAGUAG